AUUUAACGGAUGUGAAUUCUUCGAAGAAAUUAAGUGACUGAUUAAAAAUUGGUGUGUGGAAUGCUAUUUAAGAUAAAACUGAUAAGAUAAAAAAAGAACUCAUUAUAUAGAAAUAGGUUUGAUGUGUAGCAAAAUUUUUUGAAAUUUGUGCACAAAGAUGUGUAAAAAGAUUUGCAGCUUAAUAUACGAAAUUGACUCGCCGUCAAUGCAAAUAGUGAAUCUCGCAUUGGAGACUUGGCGAUCUCCUAUUUACGUUAGUAGCGUGCUAAUAAUACUCGUCAAUCGAUCAUAAAUUCUAGUGAUUUUGGAUUUUUAUUCUGAUUCCUAGAUUAAUGUCUAAUAGUGCUUAGAAGAUUCGUCAAUUUGUGUGCGUCAGUUUGCGAUCGUUGAAGGGAUUAUCGACAAUAACACGAAAGGAUACACGUCGUUCGAUGAGAUAGUUACGAACGGCAGUCAUGGCUCAGCCACCUCAAUCGGUGCCGGUGCAUUGCUACACGAAUCCGUCGUUUUGCCGUCAAUCGGAGUACAUCCCGGACGAUCAUGUUAAUGACCUGCCGCCGCCGCCGCAGCAGUUUCAAGGAAGCGACGAUUUACCGCCGCCUCCGCCGCCGUUGCAAUUGCAAUGUCACGCCGUCGCGGGUCAGAGCAAUCCGGCCUUCCAAGCCCCGCCGGAGGCAACGCUGGACGUGCCGCGGGACCGGUAUUGUUAUCUGGAGGGUAACCGGGCCCCCACGCACAGGAGAUACGCCAGUCUUCCGGUGGAGGAGUCUCGCGUGACUUACAACCAGUCCUCGCGGUACGAAUACAUAGAGCAGGACGAGGCGGAGAGGAGCCAGUUGCCGCGCAGGAACUCGUCGAGGUACGAGUUCAUUCCACACCAGCAGGUGCAGCAACGUUCCGCGCCGGCGACCAACCAAGACGAUCGAGGAGGGCCGCAGACGCGGACGUGUCGCGGCAAUGCCGGUAGAUACGCUCUUAUACCGGGUGACCAAGACUACCAAGAGGACGGCCCGCAAUGGAGUAAUGCGAAAUCGACGCCUCGACAGAUCAACACCCCGCAGGGUCGUUACAUCAGAGUGCCUUUGCAAGAGGAGAUUCCGCCGGCGCUUCCCGAGAGAAACGUGCAAGAGCUCUCGGUGUCGCCGAAGAAUAACUUAGCUACGCAGAAAUUACACGAAAUAUUAUCCACACCCAGGAAACCGAGAUCCAGAUCCGAAGAGAGGACGCUAUCGCCGAAGAGGCAACAAUCAUUCAAUCAAACCAGCACACCGCAACGAAGGGCGCUCACUCCUGGCGGAUCUCCAAAUGGUCGCGCCUUCAGUCCAACGCGCACAACUCCUCAAGGCACACCUCACCGGGCCUUCUCGCCCACAGGACCUCAGACUUCGACACCUAAUAAGGAAUCGUCAGCACGCAGAUGUCUUCCUCUGCUGGAGAACUCGUCCCGACAGCAGGACCUUUGUCCAGCCAGUAAUUGCGGCCGGCUUCGUUACGUUGGUACCGCCCCGGUCGAUUUAAUGAACAUGAGCCACGAACCGCCACCUCGCUACGCUUACACGGAAAGCGGCCUCGAGUCCAUGCCGAUGAUGUCUGGAUCGCCCAAGUAUCAGGUGGUGCCCGCCGAACAGAAGAACUAUCAAAGCGUAGAAAGUGCAUUUAUGGCACGAACCGCCGUUGUACCUCCAUUGUCGCCACCGAACAGCGACGCAAAUACGACUCUAGCGAGCGGCAUGGAGAAAGGCGACAGAAAGAGCGCACCGAUACUUCUGAUAUUAGUCGGUCUCCUCACAUGCGGUCUCGCCCUGUAUCUGUCCUGGUCGCAAGGAAGAAGAUACUACUUCGACAGCGCAGUCGGUUGCGGUGCCUGCUGCGCUUUAGCAGGUGCAUGCAGAAGUCUGCGAAGAACCUGGACAGGACUCGGCCUGGCUGGACUGUCGGCAUUGAGCUGUGCUGGUCUUCUAUUACUCGCAGCAAAAUCACCAAAGGACGGUACACCGCUUCACGACAUUACUGCCGGCGCCUUGUGCGGCGUGUCCGUCUUGGGAGCUGCUUUAGCCCUGUUGGCUCUUCUGAAGCCGAAAUGCAAUCUCGGACGUCAUAGACGAGUUCAUUCUUGGAUACCACGAUUCUCUCCUUAAUGCCGUUCUGACGACUGAUAUAUAAGGAUAAUCAUAUUUACUUUAGAAUUGUCCUUUCAAAAGGAGAAUAUGUAAAAAUGCUAUAAGGCAGAUAAAUCAUAUACAAUAAAUAUUCUUGCCAUAUUCCUAUAUAGUUGGAAAAUAGUAUUUUAUUUUAUAAAUUCCGAGUGAAAUAAGUUUUGCGAAGAAUAUCUAUUAAGAAAACACUCAAAAAUGUCGUGCUGCAAAUGGAAAAGCAUAUGAUGUUUUUUCCAAAAGAUAUUUAUUAGAGUUAGUUAAUUUUCUUGUGAUCUUGAUCAAUUAAAUGUUAAUAUUCUGUUUGUUCAAUU